AUGAACUCAGAAAUUUGUGUGUGUGGCAAAGAGCGAGGAGGGCUCAAUAAUACAAAUUGGAUGCGUCAUGCAAAUAAAUGCAAAAAAAGAAAAUCCUGUUCAAACAAUAUAAGUAUUGCUAAGUUUUUCAAGUCUUCACGAGUAACAGAUCAAGAUCAUAAUAUUGUGAGUUCAGCAAUUGUUGAUGUUGAUGUUGAUGAUGAAAUUUUAAGAUUUGGAAAUGAUCCGGCAGUUUUCAGUCAGUUAAAUGAUCUUACACCUGAGCUUAUAGAUUUCUUUUUUAAAAAUGGAUCAUCUCAACCAUCAUCAAAUGAUUUUUCCAACAAAUGUUUUCCUAAAAACAGUUCAGAAAGAUCAUUUCGUGAAAACUGGUACUGGAAAAAAUCUCCAAGUGGAGAAAUUACUAGAAGAAAAUGGCUAUCUUAUUCCAAGUUAGAAAAUAGUAUUUAUUGUCAUUAUUGCGCACUUUUUGGUCGAACUGGUCAAACAAGUUGGGUUAAAAAAGGCUAUAGUAACUUUCAAAAUGCAGACAUGAGAAUAAAAUUACAUGAAACAACUGAAAAACAUAUUAUGGCAUCUAUUAAAGUAGCAUACAGACAAGCAGCUUUUCCACUAAUACCUUCUUUGGUAGAAAAUAACAAGACACAUAUUGCACACAACAAAGAAAUAAUUAGACAUUUAAUAGACAUUACUUUAUUUCUUAGCAGACAUUGUUUGUCUUUUCGGGGACAUAAAGAGAAUACAAAUGAGGAUAUUCGAGGAAAUUUCAAAGAUCUAGCUGCACUGUUAGCUAAAUACUCUCCAGCCUUAGCAUCGCUAAACAGCAUUCAACAAGAACUAUUGAGUGCUACAUAUUUCAGUGUUUCGUUGGACACUACUUUUGAUAUAUCAAGGAAAGAACAGUUAUCUCUCGUAUUUCGAUAUAUUAAUAAAGGGAUCAUAUGUGCACGACUCGUCGCAGUACGUGAGACGCUCCUUACAACUGGGCAACAUCUCUUCGCUGUGUUUAAUGAUAUUUGUGAAGAAAUGAAGUUAAACUGGAGACAGCAUCUUGUUGGUCAGUCAUUUGAUGGAGCUGCCUCAAUGCGAGGCACUUAUAAUGGACUUCAAGCGUUUAUUAGAGAACAAAAUUCAAGUGCAAUAUAUGUUUGGUGUUAUGCACAUCGUUUUAGCUUGGUUGUGGUUGACGCUGUAAGUAGUUGCCUUGAAGCUCGUGAUUUGUUUGGGAACCUGGAGUUACUGUUUGAUUUUAUUGGAAGCAGUAAAAAAAGAAUUGGUCUUUAUUCUAAUUUUCAAAAAAUCCGUUACCCUGGGAACCCUCAACGGCGAUUAAAAAGAGUCACCACAACACGUUGGUCAUCUCACUCAUCUGCUCUUGAAACUGUUAUUGUUACAUUUGAUGCUUUAAUUGAUACACUGGAUGAUUUACAAAAUGAUCCCACCACUGAUCGUGUUUGCUGUGUAAAAGCAAGUAGCUUAAUGGAUUAUAUGUUGUCUGAGCGUUUUAUAUUAACAAGUUUGUUGUUCACCAAUAUUUUUAAUAUUACAAGUCCAUUGAAUAAAUUUCUUCAAGGUAAAAAUGCUGAUUUGUUAGCUGCUGUUAAUUAUGUAAAAGAUGCACUCACGAAAAUAGAAGACCUUCGAUGUGACAUACAGUUUGAUGAAUUACAAAAGAAUAAAAACAAAUUCAUUGAAUCGAAGAAAAAUGAUUUUUCUUUCACUCCAAUUAGACAAAAUAAACGUAUUAGACGUAUUAAAAUAAUGCCAGGUGAAAAGUCAUUAGAUGUACCAAUAUAUAACCCUACCGAUCAAUUUAAAGUCAACACAUACUACACCGUCUUAGAUAUUAUCACGACACAAAUAAAGGAACGCUUUAAUGAAAACUCAUCACCAUUAUUAAAAGAUCUUUCACUUUUUCAAAGAACAAGAAUUCAGGAAAUUGCUGAAAAUAAUUCUACUAAAGACUUAAGGCGUGAAUAUUUACAAUUUGUAAAUAUAUAUCUUACAUUUGAACCAUUGACAAAACUUCCAAAAAAACUUCAUGGUGACAUUGAUUCAAUUAUACACUAUGAAACUGAUGAUGAGGACAUUGACAAUGACGAAGAAGACAACGAAAAGCAUUUUUCGUUGUCAAUUGCUCUAACACUACCGGUAUCAAGUGCAUCGCCCGAAAAGACAUUUUCGAAAUUGAAGCUGAUCAAAACUAGGUUGAGAAGUACUAUGGGUGAAGAGCGGCUGGAAUCUCUAAUGUUGAUAUCCUGUGAAAAGGACAUUACUUUAUGUCCAGAUGAAAUUAUUAACACUUUUUCAAACAACAGUAUUAUCUUAAAAAAAUUAUUUAUCACAGUAUUCAAUAGAACAUAUUUUAAAUCUAUACUCGUACCACCGGUAGAACGCUACUCGCUCGCGCAUCCAAAUGAUCGAGCUCCGCGGUUUUGUAGCCAAAUUUCUCGCACUCUACCAACUAAAAAUUCAGCUAAAGUAGAAGUUAAGUGGUGUGAAAUAUUUGAAUACACUAAAGCUCAUGACAUUGAUACAACUAACAUAUCAAAAAUUGUAGAAUAUUCUUCGGAAAUUCCGGAAUUGUUGUCAGAACAAAACAUACAUGUUAUGGAUCAAAGCUAUAAAACUAAAGUCCAACUAAGGCUUCAGAGUAAUUUACAAAAUACAGAGUCCUUAUCAUUAUUACCUUCAAAUCCUGGUGAAAAAAAUUCAAAGGAUGCUAUAGAACUAUCUACUAUUACAAGUUGUGUUGAUAACGUCAUGGUAAAAAAUGAUGAUUAUACUGAUUUACAAAAUGAGACAACUUCAUUAUUAACUUCAAAAUCAAUUGAAAACAAAUUAAACGAUAAUACAGUAGCAGCCGCUCUGAAUUUGAUGACAGUGACAAAGAUAACAGGGGCGUAA